UGUAUACAUAUCUGUGUAUUGAAUGUGUGUUCGUGUACGCGAGACUGCGAGAGAAUGGCGAACAAGCUAAUCAGCCAGAUGGGACUUCCAAAAGCAAUUGCUAAUAUCUUUGCAGCUCGUAACAUCGUAACCGCGAAGGAUGCCUUAUCUCUCACUGAAUUUGAGCUAAUGGAGUUGUUAGAUGUGGGGCUGGCUGAAGUAACAACUGCAGUGGCACACAUCAGCGAAAUGGCGUGUCCACCAUAUCAGACAGCUCUUUCCCUGAUGGAGGAACGGGUCCGAAAGGAAUGCUUGUCUGGACACCUUCCCACACGUCUAAAGGGGCUUGACAUCGCCUUAUGUGGAGGAAUACCAUUUGGAACUUUGACUGAGUUGGUUGGCCCAGCAGGAAUUGGAAAAACACAAUUCUGUCUGAAGCUCUCAUUAUUGGCUGCCCUUCCUGCAAGUUAUGGGGGUUUAAAUGGUCAUGUGAUAUAUAUCGACACAGAAUCUAAAUUUAGUUCAAGAAGGUUAAUUGAGAUUGGAGUAAAAAGUUUCCCUGAGAUAUUCCAUGUGGCUGGAAUGGCACAGGAGAUGGCUGGUAGGAUCGUGGUUUUGCAGCCAUCUUCAUUGGCUGAAUUCACUGAGAGGAUUUGGAUAAUUGGCAAAAGGCCUUAUCAACAAUUCCUCAAUUUGCAGCAAAUCAAGUUGUCAAUCCUCCAACAUCAGGUGAAAUUGCUCAUCAUUGACAGCAUGGCUGCCCUUGUCUCAGGGGAAAAUGAGAGGGAUUUUAGAGCUCCCAGACAGCAUUCAUUGGGUUGGCACAUUUCGUCUAUUAAGUCACUUGCAGAGUUUUCACGAAUUCCUGUUGUGGUGACCAACCAAGUGAGAACUCGAAGUAGUGAUGAAUCCCACCAGUACCCUUUCCAAGUUCAAAACAAAGAAGAGAGCAUGAAGGACGAUGGCAGAGUUGAGUCUCAUCUUGUUGCCGCUCUAGGAAUCUUCUGGGCUCAUGCUGUGACCAUUCGUCUUGUGCUUGAGGCUAAUUUAGGUCAGAGGUUUAUUAAGGUGGCAAAAUCUCCAUUAUCUCCACCUCUUGCCUUCCCUUUCGUUGUGACUUCUUCAGGGAUUUCAUUACUUAGUGAUGACGGAAUAGAAGUAAUGGGGCCAGAGAUAUGCGCAAUCCAUUGUCAAGGACACAGUGAUAUUAUUGACUUCAAACAGGAGAGGUUGCCAUGAUUCUGUCAGAGAGUUAUAGUAUGUAGAUGGUGCUGUAUCUGAAAUCUGAAUCAUUAUACAACCUUGGGGCUUUCUGGGCCUACAUGCGGAUCCAUAAAGUGGACUUUUUAACCUUCACCUCAUACCACCACUGCAUGUGAUUCACGAGUGCACUGUAAUCAAGGAACUGGUUCCUUUCAAGAUUUGGCCUUUGAAAACAACACAGAGAUAGAGAUCUAUUCCAUGAUAAGGAUUGCUCUCCCUUGACUUGGAUUGUCAUGACUUGCAGUAGACAAUUGUGGGCUUUCCUCAGAUUCUUUACUUGAGUACUUGUAUUGUGGGAAUAAAGAAAAGGGGGAGAGAGAAAAGUACAGUGAACUGUAUUGUGUGUUUCUUCUUGUUGGGUAAAGAAAAGGAGAACUCCACAACCUUCUGCUGAGGUUAGAUAAUUUAGUGGAAACAUGACAGAAAAGUCCAAAAAUUAGGCAGGUCUUCAGGAUCUUUGCUUACU